AAAUAAAUAACCUCAUAUUCUAUCACAACUUUUAUUACAACAACAAUGGAAGACAAAACACUCAACACUAAACCUCACGCAAUCUUCAUCCCAUACCCACUUCAAGGCCAUUUAAUCCCAUCCGCCCAUCUAGCCAUGAAGCUUGCAUCACAAGGUUUCACCAUCACCUUCAUCAACACCUACGCAAUCCACCACCAAACCUCUAAGGCAGCCCAAACAAAAACCGGGGCCGGACCCGACAUGUUCGCUAAGGCCCGUGAAUCGGGCCUCGACAUCCGGUAUAAGACCGUGUCCGACGGGUUACCGGUGGCAUUCGAUAGGUCAUUGAACCAUGAUCAGUUUAUGGCAGCUUUGUUGCAUGUUUUUUCAGCUCAUGUUGAGGAGGCCGUGGCUGAAAUUGUUUCUUCGGGUGAAGAUGUGCAUUGUUUGAUUGCUGAUACAUUUUUUGUUUGGCCUUCAAAAAUUGCAUAUAAAUUUGGAUUGCUGCAUAUUUCAUUUUGGACAGAACCUGCUUUGGUGUUUACUUUGUAUUAUCAUGUGGAUCUUCUCAGGUUAAAUUGUCAUUUUGCUUGUCAAGAUUGUCGUGAAGACACUAUAGAUUACAUACCAGGAGUAAAAGGAAUUGAACCAAAGGACACAAUGUCAUAUCUUCAAGAAACAGAAACAACUUCAGUUUGUCAUCAAAUUAUUUUUAACUCCUUCAAUGAUACUAAAAAGGCUGAUUUUGUAAUUUGCAAUUCGGUUCAAGAACUCGAACCGACCACCAUUUCAGCUCUACAACACAAAAUCCCAUUCUAUGCAAUCGGACCAACUUUCUUUGUUGACUUUAGCCAAAACACUCUAGCCACGAGCCUAUGGUCCGAGUCCGAUUGCAACCGAUGGCUCGAUGACCAGCCCGACCGCUCGGUCCUUUACGUUUCAUUUGGUAGCUAUGCUCAUAUUACCAAACAUGACCUAACCGAGAUAGCAAAUGGGCUUGCCCAAAGCAAAGUGAGCUUUCUUUGGGUACUUCGGCCCGAUAUCGUGAGCUCGGACGAUCUUAAUCCGUUACCCCAGGAAUUUUUAGAAGAGGUUUCUGACCGUUCGAUCAUCGUACCUUGGUGCAGUCAACAUAAUGUGUUGACUCAUCGGGCAAUCGGAGGGUUCUUAACUCAUUGCGGAUGGAAUUCUACAUUGGAAAGUAUAUGGUGUGAAGUACCAUUAUUGUGUUUCCCUCUUUAUACUGAUCAAUUCACUAAUAGAAAAUUAGUGGUUGAUGAUUGGAAAAUUGGGAUUAAUAUGACUAAUAGAAAAUUGAUUUUUAAAGAGGAUGUUUCAAGAAAUAUUGACCGUUUGAUGUGUGGAAAAUCAAGAGAUGCGAUUAGGGAUAGAAUCAAGGGUGUUAAGAAAAUAUUGGAAAAUGCAGUGUCGCCCAGUGGAUCAUCAAAGCAAAAUAUGGCUCAGUUUAUCAAGGAUUUGAAGGACAAGAUUGAAAAAAAAAAAACUCAAAGUAAGAAAUCAAUUUGUAAUGGAACUUAAUUAGUUUAGUGUAAGUUUUUUUUCUAUGCCUGUAAAUGAGAAAAAUUAAUUACUUUAGUG